UAAACACCUCCGCUUGAUAGUUGUGUGGUGGUGGCGUGGAGCGCUUAAAUUGCCCUUUGCCGGCGCUUGUAACCGAGCCUGGGCUCGAAUUGUACACAUGUCUGGGUCACUGGGCUUCCUUCGGGUCUCCCACCCUGCACCCCACACGCCGCUUCGCCACUACGACAGCACUUGGGGCCUUGGAGGCGUUUUCAUUUCCCCCUCCAAUCGAAUGCCAAAAAAAAAUAUAAAUAGCCAAGGGACCCAACCCCUUUCAGCCGGCCACUUGAGCCUGGUGUGGGUCCAUUGUUGUGGUGUCAACACAGUGAUGCCUUUGUUCCGCACUGCCCAGGUGACGGCCCAUAAUGGAUCCGCUCUCUCCGCAACGCCACAAAAGGUAAUCCGAGAGCCGGUCUUUGUCCGCUUGGAGUAUAAAAGCACGGCGUGUCCAUCCGCAGAUUUGCAAAAGGAGCUGAGCGUGAGGCUGGCACGGAUCGAGCAGGAUGCCCUGGGUGAGUCCUAUCCGGAACCUGCGAUGGAACCCUUUCAUGUAUACAAAUAAUGUUCGUCAACCUGCAGUUGGCCAUUUCCAUAGCGACGUUGGCGCUGCUCUCCCUUUCCAAUUGCGGAUUCGGAAGUAGGUUUCCCGACGAUCCAGAUUACGGCGACUUGAUAGAACUAGAGGAGCAGCCGGAGGAGCUUCCUGAUCGCAGUACCUCCAAGAUGUUGAGCGCCCUGAUCGGCUUCAGUUCAACAGCCCUCCGACCCACAGAAACGACUUUUGCGAUACCCCAUCAAUUGCCGCCCAUGUACUACAACGACUUUUACGAGGAUCUAAUGGCUACCAAGCGAAACGACGUACACUCCGCUGGCUGCGAUUGCAAGGUUACGAAUAAGCUGAAGGACUUGGGAAGCCAGCACUUUCCCCGCUAUUUAAUGACCGCGGUCUGCGAGUCCCGCACUGCACAGGACGUUGCCAAGUGCACUCACGGAUCCAAUUGCCGCCCUCUGGAGUACAAAGUGAAGGUCCUAGCCCAGGGCACUCUCCCCGACCACUCUGGAUCGGGCUCUCUGAGUCGGGACCCUUCUGAGGGGUGGAAAUUCAGAACCGUGACAGUUACGGCCGGCUGCUUUUGCGCCAAGUAAGGGGACUGGAUUCGGGAGCAUCUGAAGUGAGAAUAUAUUGACUAUACUUGCAUAUUAAAGGGCCAGAAAGUCGCAAAUGUUUCUUUAUUGAUGGGAAUGAUCCAAGAAUUUUAGUAGAAUAUACGGCGUGACCCUUUCAUGGUUAUAAAGGGCAGG